GCAGGGCAAAGUACUCUUCUACAAGACGCUCUGUAACUCCAAAAUCCAGAAGCACUAUCGUCGUCCAUGGCUGCUUUAGCCUUCACACCCCGCCAUCAAAGACCUCCAAUCCCACCAGUCUCUACUCAGACCAAGUCUCCAAAACCCAGAAUCAGACCCAGAGUCUCACUCCAACCCGCUCCAUCCUUCUCAGACCCCUUUGUUCUCCAACUAGCAGAAACCCUUGAAGAUUCUCUGCCCACUUCGUCCUCUUCAACACCGUUGCCUCUUCAAAAGCUCAGAGAUACCUCAUCCGAGACCCUCCUCUCAACCCCUUGGCCCUCCCGCAAAGACGAGCCCUUUCGCUUCACAGACACCUCCUUCAUCAAACACUCCCAAAUCAGUCCAAUCACUCACCCUCCUCACUCCUCUGCUCUAUCAGGCGUUUCUUCGAAUACCCAGUUCCCUAAUCUUGUCAUUGCUGAUGGGUAUGUCGUAAAUUCGGCGAAUUUGUCCGAAUUGCCAAGUGGGAUUUUUGUUGGAAGCUUGUUAGAGCUCUCUGAGGAGAGUAUCACCAAAAGGGUCUGUGAAUUCUUGACUAAUUCAGUUUGUGGGGACUUGUUUUGGUCUAUCAAUGGGAUUGGCGCGCCGGAUUUGACAGUAGUGUAUGUUCCGGCGGGGUGCAAAGUAGAGAAUCCGAUUUUUUUUAGGUACAUUUCGGUUGAGGGUGGUGACGAGGGUUCAAAUGCAUUGCCCAUAUCAAAUCCGAGGGUGUUUGUGAUGGUGGAGAGGGGAGGAGAGAUUGAUAUAAUUGAGGAGUUUCUAGGUAAGGAUGAGAAGAAGAGUUACUGGGCGAAUUCGGUUCUGGAAGUGGUGGUUGGAGAAGGUGGGAAGGUUCGUCAUUCAUAUAUUCAAAAUCAAUCUUUAAAUGCUGCUCAUAUAAAGUGGACUUCUGUCCAGCAGGAAUCAGCUAGUACUUACGAACUCGUAGAGGUAAGCAGUGGUGGAAAAUUGAGCCGGCAUAAUGUCCAUAUUCAGCAAUUGGGCCCAGAUACAGUCACAGAGUUAUCCUCAUUGCAUUUGUCUAUCAACGAUCAGACACAAGAUCUACAUAGCAGAAUAAUCUUGGACCAUCCACGAGGUUAUUCUCGACAACUUCACAAGUGCAUUGUGGCACAUUCUCAAGGACAAGCUGUAUUUGAUGGGAAUGUAAAAGUCAACAGAUUUGCACAGCAGACAGAUGCAGGACAACUAACAAGGAGCCUGCUCCUUGAACCUCGUGCAACUGUGAAUGUCAAACCCAAUCUCCAAAUAAUUGCAGAUGAUGUCAAAUGCUCCCAUGGUGCUGCAAUUAGCGACCUAGAAGAAAGCCAGCUCUUCUAUUUCCUGGCACGUGGAAUCAGCUUAGAGACAGCAAGAAAGGCUCUCCUCUUCUCCUUUGGAGCUGAGGUGGUAGAGCGUCUGCCUUAUUCUUUCCUUAAAAAGAAAGUAGAGAGCCAAAUUAGAGAAUUGUUGGAUCCCACAGUUAAAGGGUCCUCAUAGUGGACUAUGGACUUGUAUGUUUUCUUAUGUUUAUUUGUUUUAAGAGAAAAAGCUGUGAAAUUCUAGAAAAUUUUGGUCA